UUCCCAAAAGAAAAUCCCUGUUUUUAGGCCAACCAUUACCAACCAGCUGCCCUGCCAGCGCGAGAAGAUUUCUCACUGCUGAUUUCGAUUCGCUUUGCCCAAUCGGAGGCGGCGACAUGUAACAGUGGAGACGCUGUAGAGGAUCUGACCAGGGAGGGGGAUGUGAGGCCAUGAGAUUUCAGAUUUCCCCAUUCCCCUUCAUAGCCCACCCAACCUGCACAUGAUCCUGCUGUUGUGCACACUGAUUGAUGAGAACUGUAGUGGCUUUGUCCUCUACCCACCACCAGUCUGAAUCCUGCCCUACCCUUUAUACACUGCCCAUGACGCCAAUGAUCAGACCAAACACCAGCUGCAAAGCAAAGAUCACCCUGGAUUCCUGGAGCACGAAAAGAAAAAGCCUAGACCAAACAUCAUUUGGUGGAGCUGGAGCGAGCAGCUGUUGGCACUUGGCAGUGGCACUGUGGAAUCUGGAGAGCGUAGGUAGAAAAGCAAGCAACCCCAUGGCUUCAUAUUCAUAGCACCAGCACCCCCCCCUGCAACCAGUUCUGCCAGCUUUCACAUACACAGGUUGGGGGAGCAGUUGAGAUUUUCUAAUUCUUCUUCUUGGCAGGAUUGAGAUCUUCAGUUCUGGUAAUGGGUUCUUUCGGGAUGAACUGGAAUCAGAAGAACUCCAUGGUGUGGGAUUGGGAACAUCUAGUGCCAUCUGUCUCGAAUGCAGUUACAAGGCAUGGAUCUGCUAAUUCAUCUGGUGGUACUCUUACUUCUAGCUCAGAGCUAGGGCAUGGUUCAUCCAAGAGCUCUAUUUCAGCAUCCAUUGAUUCACCAUCUGGAGUAGGGAACAGCUUAGAGUUCAAUUUUGCCGCUGUUCAAAGGCAUGUUAAGAACACGGGCACCAAUGGCAGAGUCGAUGACUCAGGGAAUUCUCCAUCGUCAAUGAUAGCCUUCAGCCAAGGAGAGCCACUGAUCAGCCUCAAGCUUGGAAAAAGGGCUUACUUCGAAAAUGUCUGUGGAGGACAGGAGGCCAAGGUUUCUGCACCUUCAGAUGUUACUUCUGCAGUCACCGUGGUCAAGAAGACUAAGGUGUCUCAGCAGAAUGCAAAGAACUGGUACUGUCAGGUUGAAGGUUGCAAAGUUGACCUGUCUUCUGCUAAAGAUUACAACCGCAAGCACAAAGUCUGUGUAGCUCAUUCUAAAGCUCCCAAGGUGGUUGUUGCUGGUCUAGAGCGCCGGUUUUGCCAACAGUGUAGCCGGUUUCAUGGUUUGGCGGAGUUUGAUCAGAACAAACGAAGCUGUCGUAGGCGUCUUACUCAUCAUAAUGCACGAAGGAGGAAGCCACAGGCAGAUGCAAUUUCAUUCAAUUCAUCACGGCUCUCGUCAAUGUUUUAUGAUACAAGCCACCGGACAAAUCUUUUCUUUAGUCAACCUCUCUAUGGCCAAGUGAGAAGCAAUGCAGUAUCUCCGUGGGAUAACUCGGGAGGCUUCAAAUUUAUGGAAACAAAACAUCUGUCAGUGCAGCCAACAAAAACAGUAGGCCUGGAUGAGCUGCAUUUCUCAACCCCCCAGAUAUCAACUAGUGUUGUGGCGCACACUGGACAUCAUCAUAACUUCGAUAGGUUCAUGCCAUUCAAGGGAACUAACACAAAGGUUCUUAACCAAGUUUCAGGUGUGGAAGCUUCGGCGACCGCUUCCAACUCUAAUAACGGAGCCCCAGAACCUGGGCGUGCUCUCUCUCUUCUGUCAGACGGUUCUUGGGGCUCAAAUUCAGCCGUCAUCCAGCAGCCUCCUUCUCACGCAGAUGCUGGUGCAUUGCCGCCCCUCGCCACCGUUGCUGUCUCCAACACCGCCGCCAGGCAUCCUCUUGACCCGUCCCUGGGAAGGUUCUGGCAAGACGAUCAUCCCCCACUCGACGGACCUGCACCUCAGAUUCAGGAACUGGCGCACCUCCGAACAUGGUGAAAGUGAAAGAUAAAUGUAUCUGAUGCCAUCUCGAGGACCUGGUUGGGAACUUCUGGCUAGGCAUUUUGAUGGCAAUCUGUGGCUCUGGUUUGAAUUUGCCGGUGACAGUCUUUGGACAAUGUUUAAUUUAGCUGUUUUGAUCAGAACGGGCACAGACAUGUUUGCACAAUGUGAGUUCCUCUAUCAUUGGGGAUGAGUGAGGUGAAGAUGCAGGAACAAUAGGAGACAAAAUCUUAAUUUUUUUGCUCGUUUUCCCACCA